UGCACUAUUCCCCGUGUUCGCUCUCUCUCCCUCAGAAGCGCAACAUACUUAUGUGAAUACCCCGCUGUAUGUCUUUAGGUGGUCCGAACAUUUCCAGCGGCAGGCUUUUACCAACUUGGAAUGCCAAAUGUUCGCGUAUAAGCCAGGCUAGGUGCCAAAGACACCAUGAAUGACAAAUACCACCGGGCAGCCAGGGAUGGCUACCUGGACUUGCUCCGGCAGGCCACUCGGAAGGAGCUCAAUUUGCCGGAUGAAGAUGGUAUGACGCCGACACUAUGGGCCGCCUACCACGGGAACCUGGACGCCUUAAGGCUUAUUGUAGGACGUGGUGGCGACCCCGACCGCUGCGACAUCUGGGGCAACACUCCCCUCCAUCUCGCCGCUGCCAACGGCCACCUCAACUGCCUGUCCUUCCUGGUCUCGUUCGGCGCCAAUGUGUGGUGCCUGGACAACGACUGCCACACGCCCCUGGACAUGGCCGCUGCCAAGAGCCACAUGGACUGCGUGCGCUACCUGGACUCCAUCGCCGCCAAGCAGGCCACGCUCAACCCCAAGCUGGUGGGCAAGCUGAAGGAGCGGGCGUUCAAGAUGGCCGAGCGGAGGGUCAAGGAGUGCCUGAAACUGCAGCAGAAGCACCACCAGCGGAUGGAGCGCCACUUCCAGAGGGAGUCGACGGCGGCGGCGAUGGAUAACUCGGACACAAUGAGCUUUUCCAGUUACACCAGCGGGAGCACGCUCAGUCGCAAGCUGCCUCAGUUCAACACGGUCAACUCCACCAUGACAUACUCACAGGCCACACUCCAUUCCACUGGCAAAGGCAAGACCAAGAUCCAGAGGAAGCUGGAGAAGAAAAAGCAGGGCGAUGGCACGUUCAAGAUCUACGAGGACGGCCGCAAGAGCGUGCGCUCGCUGUCCGGCCUGCAGAUGGGCAGCGACGUUAUGUUUGUCAAGCAGGGCACGUACGUGCCGGCCCGUGACCAACGUGCUGCGUCGCGCCUCAACAUCCGCCACAUGUUCGCUGGCGAUGCCGAUGAUGACGAGGACAGAGCGGACACGGUGUCGCGGGCGCUGAGUGACCCGGGGCUCCACGAGGCCGCCUUGUCGGAGGUGAGCGCCGACUCGGGACGGGACUCGCUGUUCACCCGUCCGGGGCUGGGCACCAUGGUGUUCCGGCGGAACUAUGCCACAAGGACAGGCAGCGCCCUCCUCUUCCCGGGCGAGGGCAGCGUAGUGGGCAGCGAGCCCGCCGGACGAGCCCCCAACGUGCGGCUCCGCGGGCCGCUGCCCUCCAGGAGGUCGCCCAGCCUGGACGAGGACAGCACCGUGGGCAGUGCGCUGUCGCUGGGGGGGGGGUGGGAGGAGGCGGAGCUACUUGGGCUCGAUGAGGUGGAUGUGGAGGGAGCGGCACUGGACCCAGUGACCGGGCCUUUGGAGGUGUUCUUGGUGGCUCAGGGCCUGGGGGAGUUCAUGGCCAUAUUCAGGAGGGAGCGGAUUGACCUGGAGGCCCUGCUGCUGUGUUCGGAGAAGGACCUGAGCAGCAUCCACAUCCCCCUCGGGCCCCGCAAGAAGAUCUUAGAGGCCUGCAGGAGACGCUUGGACGUCCUGGACGAGCCAGAGGCCAUGGGGGACACCCAGCUGUGA